UUGUUCAAUCGUCGCGCAGUUCAACGGAAGCUUCCCGCAAUGAAGUUCUUGGCAGCAACCCUUCUGAUCUUCACGGUAUCUUCACAGAUCUUCCACGCCUCCGGCGCGGACCAGAAACCAUACGACAAACAACACUGGGAGCGCACGAACCAGCUGUGUUCCCGCCUCCUGCGGACGCCGCAGGAAGCUCGUGACCUGAUUUCGCAGAAAAAGUUCGACGAUGACGCCAACGAGGCGAUGCACUGCGUGAUUCGGUGCACCGGGAUCGUGUCCGGUACGUACGACGACGAGCGUGGAACGGUUAUGGAGAUGAUGGAGGUUCAGGCGCAGGGGAAAACGGGCUUCGCGGAGUAUAGAAGUGCGGCUGAGGAUUGCUACGGGGGAUUCGGGCCGGAGGACUACGGUGACGAUUGGUGCAAGAAGAGCUAUCUGUACUUCAAGUGCGACUGGAAGGCUUGGGUGCAGCAUGUGAAGAAGGUGGAAUAAAAAGAAUCUCAUUACCCUGUCCUUAU